AUGAGGGCAAUCCGCAACAAUAUCUACAAGGAUGACGUCGAUUUCGCCACCCUUGCACUGCAAUCACCCGAUUUCGCGAAGUAUCUGAAACCAAAUAAUCAAUUGGACUUCAGCGAUCCGGAUGCUGUUCGCCAAUUAAGCAUAAGUCUCUUGCAACGAGACUUUGGCUUGAACGUUCACAUUCCGGAGAAUAGGUUAUGCCCGCCGGUGCCAAAUAGGUUAAAUUAUAUCCUAUGGUUGCAAAGCCUUCUAGAUACUACUGGCGAUGAAUAUCGUGAUAACUACGACCCUGAUCGAAAGGUUAUCGGGCUUGACAUAGGAACAGGAUGCUGCAGCAUAUACCCGCUUCUUGGCUGCUCUGUUCGGCCACAGUGGAAUUUUGUAGCAACAGACAUCGAUGAUGACAAUAUACGAACGUCUCAAGAAGCUGUGUCUGGGAAUAGGUUAGAGUCUCGAAUCCGCAUUGUCAAGACCGAUUCCAAUGGUGAUCUCAUUCCCCUGGAGAAGCUUGAAGUCGAAGGCCUUGAUUUCACGAUGUGCAACCCCCCAUUUUAUACCUCUCGCGAGGAGCUGGUGUCCUCAGCGCAGGCAAAAGAACGGCCACCAUUCUCUGCAUGCACCGGUGCAGAAGUUGAAAUGGUUACCCAAGGAGGGGAAGUUGCUUUCGUGUCUCGCAUGAUCGAAGAAAGCCUCAGGCUCCGCCAGAAAGUCUUAUGGUAUACUUCGAUGCUGGGAAAACUGAGCAGCGUCUCCAUACUGGUCGAGAAGCUCAUUGGACAUGGCAAUCACAACUAUGCGGUCACGGAGUUUGUCCAGGGCUCUAAGACUAGGAGAUGGGCGAUAGCAUGGUCGUGGGGUGAUCUCCGCCCUUCUGUGGACGUGGCGAGAUCGAUCACGACCUUUCCGAAGCACCUUCUCCCAUUCCCGUCCGAAUACAUCUUCGAUAUCCCCAAUGCCUCUAUCGACGAUGCAAGUCAAAAGCUUGAUAAGGAACUCACUUCUCUUCCUCUUCAGUGGCUCUGGCGCUAUAAUUUAGCCGUGGGAGUCGGGUUCGCUAUGGAAAAUGUGUGGUCCCGCCAAGCGCGUAGAAAGAUGAAAGGUUCUGCUAGUGCAAUGCAGAAUAUAGAAGUUGAUGACAGUAGCGCAGCAUUGGGGUUCAAAGUGCAUCUGAGGAAAGAAGGCAUCGAGGAGAAAGGCGUUCGUGUACUGAUAAGAUGGCUCAAGGGCACAGAUUCGGUGUUGUUCGAGAGCUUCUGUGGCAUGGUGAAGAGGAAGCUUGAGGGCAGGUAG